AUGCUAAUACUAAACAAGGAGUUUCUGAGGGGGCAAGCACUCCCGUUGACAUGGUUUUCUUUGGAUAGUAUUGCCUCUUGGAAUAUUAGGGGCUUGAACUGGCCCCUAAAACAAAAAGAGGUUUAUCAAAUAGUUGCUGAAAAUCACUUGACAGUUUGUGCCAUUUUGGAAUCUCAUGUGGAGGUCUCAAAGCUUUCUAAAGUUUGUUGUGGAGUUUUUAAAAAAUGGGAUUGGACAUCGAAUGGAGGGAUUUGUAACAAGGGCACCAGAAUUAUUGUAGGAUGGAAUGAUGAUAUUGUAGAUCUUAUGGUUCUAGCUCAGUCUGACCAGGUAAUGCAUGUUCAGCUUCGAUCCAAGAUUGACUCGAAAAUGUUUUUUUGUUCCUUUGUUAAUGCCAAAAACACGUACCAAGAAAGAAGAGUUUUAUGGAAUGAUCAGUGUCUACAUAAGCAGUUUAUAAACGAUUGGCCAUGGAUUGUCAUGGGAGACUUCAAUUCAGCGCUCUAUGCGGAUGAUUGUUUAUAUGGCACAUCGUCUCUUUCUAUUGGUAAGCGUGAGUUUUAUGAUUGUGUCCAGUACAAUGAGCUGUUAGACAUUCAAGGUCAUGGGUUACACUUUACUUGGAACCAAAAGCCGAGGAAGGGUGUGGGCAUUUUAAAGAAAAUUGAUCUGGUUAUGGGUAACAUGAAGUUUUUAGAUUUGAUCCCGGAUGCCCAUGUUUUAUAUCAUCCUUACCGCAUUUCGGAUCACACUCCUUGUAUCCUUAAAAUGAAUGGUGUGUAUCGCCAAAAGCCUAAACCGUUCGAAUUUGCUAACUUUAUUGCGUCGAAAGCUGGGUUUAAAGAUUGUGUCUCGGAGGAAUGGAGAAAGAAGGUGGAUGGUGUUGCUAUGUUUUCUGUCGUCAAAAAACUACGGAACUUGAAAUCGCCUUUGAGGAAGCUUUUGUUUCUUCAAGGAAAUCUGCAUGAUAAAGUGAAAAAUCUAAGGAAUAAGCUGGAUGAAGUUCAAAAACAGAUUGACUUGAACCCUCUCGAUGCUAGGCUUAGGGAUGUUGAGGUGCAAUUUAUUAAGGAGUUACAUAGUGCUUCUUAUGAUGAGGAGUCCUUCUUGAAACAAAAAGCAAAGAUAGAGUGGCUUUGUGCCAGAGAUGGUAAUACUACUUAUUUUCAUAACUUUGUUAAAAAUCAGAAUGCUAGAAGUAAAAUCCAUAGGAUUGUGGAUGCGAAUGCUGCUCAAAUGGUCCGUCCGGUCACGAGUGAAGAGGUCAAAGCUGCUAUGUUCAGUAUUGGAGAGAACAAGGCUCCGGGUCCUGAUGGUUAUACUUCGGCUUUCUUUAAAAAAAUCAAGGGAUAUAGUGGGAGAGGAGGUGACAGCGGCCAUCAUUCAAUUCUUCGAUAA